UCCAGCCUCUAGUAUCCAAUCUCGUCUCCAGACCCUCUAGUCUUGACCCUCAAGUCCCCAGUUUCGUGACUAGUCUCCAGCCUCUAGUCUCCAGCCUUUAGUCUGCGGUCUCUAGUGUCCAGUCUGCAGCCUCUCCAGCGGGCGGGGAUGCAUCGUCAGAAGACCUUGGUCCUCGGAGCCCUGUUCGCCCUCCCUCUGUUCCUCCUCGGCCACCCUGCGCCGCUGCUGGCCGCGCCGGGGCCGUGCCUGGCCCGGGUCACACCCGUGCGCUUGAACGGACGGGACUUGCGGCCGGAGCGGGCCGGCGCGUCGGACCGGCGCAUCUACCGCCUGAGCGCCUUCGGGCAGACGUUCACCCUGGACCUGGUGCCGGACUCGAGCUUCGUGGCCCCGGGCUUCAGCGUGGAGAGGCUGCGAGGAGGAGGAGGAGGUGGUGGAGGUGGAGUUGGAGGAGGAGGAGGAGGAGGAGGAGGAGAGGGAGAGGAGGAGGAGAGGAGGUUCCGGGGGCUGCGCCGCUGCUUCUACUCGGGCCGGGCUCCCCGGGCAGCGGUCAGUCUAUGCGGGGGGAUGAGAGGCUCUUUCUCCGCCGGCGGCCACCACUAUCUAGUGGAGCCACAGGGCGCCGGCCACACGGUGUCCCGCCCUCACCUGCUCCGUCGGAGCGGCUGCCCAGAGCCGCCGGGCUCGGAGCCCGUUCCCCGGGGCAGCAGCAGCAGCGGUGCCAGCGGUCGACACAAGAGGUUCGUGUCGGAGGCGCGGUAUUUGGAGACUCUGGUGGUGGCGGACAGCUCGAUGGCGCGGAUGUACGGACAAGGGUUACAGCACUACCUGCUCACCCUGAUGGCCGUGGUGGCCGGCGUGUACCGGGACCCGAGUGUCCACAACUUGCUCAACGUGGUGGUGGUGAGGAUGCUGGUGUUGGACUCGGACAGCGACGGUCCCCUCGUAUCCAGCAACGCCGGUCUCACGCUGCGCUCCUUCUGCGCCUGGCAGCGCCGCUUCAACCCGCACAGCGACCGCCACCCCGACCACUUCGACACCGCCCUGCUCUUCACCCGACAGGACAUCUGUGGCCACAAGAGCUGUGACACGCUGGGAGUGGCGGACACGGGCACCAUGUGUGACCCUGUCAGAAGCUGCGCCGUGAUUGAAGAUAAUGGACUACAGGCAGCGUACACCGCCGCGCAUGAACUGGGUCAUGAAUUGAGCAUGCCACACGAUGACUCAAAGGCCUGCGAUAAGCUGUUUGGGCAGAUGAACACAAACCACAUGAUGGCUCCAUUGUUCAUUCGACUCGACAACACCCUCCCAUGGUCUCCCUGUAGUGCAUUUCACAUCACCGAGUUCUUCGACAAUGGUCAUGGAGACUGUCUGCUCGAUGCCCCUACUCAAUCAGUGUCACUGCCCACCGAACUGCCGGGGCAAGUUUACGACUUGGACGCACAGUGCCAGCAGAUUUUCGGGGAGAAGUACAGACACUGUCCAAACACGUCGGACUCUGAUGUGUGUUCCCAGUUGUGGUGCAGAAUCGAGGAUAAGCCCGAGUGCCACACGAAAAACGGGAGCUUGCUGUGGGGAGACGGGACACCAUGUGGGGUUGACAGGAUCUGUGUAGAUGGCUCGUGCCUGGACACCGAGAUCAUGAACAAGAAGGUUGCUGUUCAGGGAAGCUGGGGUUCCUGGAGUCCAUGGGGAGGAUGUUCCAGAACUUGUGGCGGGGGUGUGCAGUUUUCAUUCAGAGAAUGCAAUGAGCCAGUUCCCCAGAACGGUGGGAAAUAUUGCGAAGGGCAACGUAAGCGUUACCGAUCCUGCAACACACAAGACUGUCCGAACAUUAAUGGUAAGAGCUUCAGAGAGGAGCAGUGUGAAAAGUACAACAGCUGGAAUUACAAAGACUUGGUUGGCAAUACGGUUAAAUGGAUACCCAAAUACUCAGGAGUUUCCCCAAGAGAUCGCUGUAAACUGUUCUGCCACGUCAGAGGGAGAAGUGAAUUUAAUGUCUUUGAACCCAAAGUAAGUAUCACUUUAGAUCUGACUCUAAAACUGAAAAUACUGGAAGCACUCCAGGAAU